AGUCACAGCGAUAUAGCUUCAGUAUCAGAUCAAAAAUGCAACAGAGUUUUCUAGUCCUCCUACUUGGCUGUGUGGCAUUCGCCAAUGCCUUUGGCAUCAGCCUGCCAUUUUUAAACCUAUCAACGGAUCCUGUCCAGCCUCCAGCAAAUCCAAAACUAUGCACACCUAUGGAGGCAGCAACUUCGGAAAGGAUCCACUCCCUGAUCUCGCCAUCUGAAAUACCAAGUAGUACGCCGAUUGAUCCUGUAGUCGUGAAUGGGAGACCAGUGGUACCUCUACCGACACUGGCACCGAUUUCCACUUCAACUACAACAGUGCCCAAUCUUCCGGCGGACUGCGAGCCCACAACCCUGGGUAUCGGAACUCGGUUGAGUUCGCAGCUCCUGAGAAUACUCACAGUCUUGGGCUAAGGGUAUACCCUUAGUAUUAUUUUCAUAAAAUUUAUUUGUCUUGAGAUUCGUGUAUCAAUAACUAAC